CCCGGUAAUGCCAAUAACUGCGCGAGCUUCGUUAAACUUUCACUCUGAUUGAUCGAUUAAAUAUAAAAUUAUUACUAAUCACGAUGGCCUUAGUUUAAUGUGUUCAGCUUUAGUGAUACUCUGAAGUGUUAAACAUCAUCAGAUGGAGUUUGUUUGAUCUGUUUGUGUGUGUGCUGCGGCUGGACUCGAACAUCAUGACGCCUGAUCUGCUGAACUUUAAGAAGGGAUGGAUGUCUAAACUGGAUGAGAGUGGAGAGUGGAGGAAGCACUGGUUUGUGUUGACUGAUGCUGGACUGAGGUACUACAGAGAUUCAGCAGCAGAAGAGCGAGAUGAUGUGGACGGAGAGAUCGAUCUGAAGUCAUGUGUGAAGGUGUCUGAGUUUGACGUGGAGAAGAACUAUGGCUUCCAGAUACAGACAAGAGACGCCAUGUUCACUCUGUCUGCCAUGACUGCAGGAAUCAGGAGGAACUGGAUUGAAGUUUUGAGGAAAAGCGUUCGGCCGAGCAGCACUCCAGACCUUACACAGUUGCCGGACUGCAGCAGUGAUAAAGAAAACUCCCGCCAUCGACUUCACAGCCAGUCAGGUGCCUCUUCCACUGCAAACAAUCCCCAGCGAAAAUUUGACUAUGUUGAGCUGUCACCUGUAGCCACGCCUUCCACUCCUGCCUCCGCCAAUCAGAGAGAGUCAGGGGAGGGGCAGGUGAAGGAGCACAGCCAAUGGCAGCAGGAGAGGGCACGUGACAAUGCUCACAGCCAAUGGGAAGCAGUGCUGUCACGAAAGGGGGCGGGCCAGCUGUCGGAACAGAGACAAAUAGAGGAGGAGAUUGAGAGGAAAUGGGCGGAGUUUGAGCGGCUGCCACUCAAAGAGAUGAGGUCACUUCCGCCAAUGGGUUCACGGUCUGGCCCGUUAGCCAAUCAGGCUCUGGAGAGGGAGGUGGCGUCUCUGAGGCAGCAGCUGGCGAAGUUGCGGGCGGGGCAGGGGGGGAGGGAGGGGUUAGUGCGGGGUAGGGCGGGGUCAUGUUUUGGGGCGGAGUCUCUCUGCAGUGAGAGUUUGCAGCAGAUAGAGAGCAUGCACAGAGAGAAGCUGCAGGAGCUACAGAAACAACAUGCCCAACAGAUCAGCACGCUGGAGAAGGAGAAGGACACACUGCUGCGUGAGGAGACGGAGGCCACUGCACGCGUGAUGGAGGCGUUACAGAAAGCAUACAAAGAGGAACUGGAGAAAACCACACGACUCGCAGAUAGACACGGAGUAGAUAUACACACACUCGACAAACAACAACAGGCAGAGGUGUCCUCUCUGAGGAGAGAGUUGGACUGUUUGUCUGAGCGAUACUCUCAUAAGUGUCUGGAACUGAAUCGAGCUCAACAACACAACACUGAGACAGAGAGACAGAUAAGAGAGACAGACACACAGAUACUGCAGCUCAAGAGAGAUAACCAGGAUUUACAGGCUCGUCUCUCAGAGGAGAUCAAGGUCAUUCGGUCUGUGGUCACAGGUCAGGGGUCAGAUGCUGUGACUGAUGACAGGUCGUGGUGUGAGACGCAGGUAUUGUUGCGGGUGAGAGAGCAUGAACUGCAGUACUUGCAUGAAGAAAUCAACAGUCUACGAAACCAGCUGCACUUCCUCACCACGGAGAAGAGCAGUGUGUGUGAGCGUUACCGUGAGGUGUGUGACGAGUUGAAUGUGAUGAAGAGCAGAAGUGAGAGAGAGAUCGAGACAUUGAGAGAACAUCUGAGACUGGCACUGAACACACUGCAGGAGGAACUACACAUCGACAACACCCUGCAGCACUGACACACACACACACACAGGGGGAGGAGCCAGGAGCCAGGAUAAUCAUGUGCCUUUCAAUUCAAUCCAAUCAGCUGCAGGGAUUCAUUUCAGCCAAUCAGCUGCAGUGCACUGGACUAGAAACACUUGUGCACUUUUCAUGUGUUUAUAUGAUCAUAAGAGUUUAUCUUCCUGAGACCGACUGGAACAUUGUACUGUGUUUACCGCCAGCACACACACACACACUUACAGAACUCCACAAAUCCCCUUUAUAAAGAGUCACAACAGUUAACCUUUGACCUGCAGUCAGUGUCUGCCAAAAGUGUCUGCUCAUGUGCCUCUUCCAGGGGUUUGUUUCUGAUGGUUCAGUGAGUGAAUGUUUAACUUUGUGCCACAAAAACAAGAGAGCGUUUCUUUUAUGAGCCAAUGUUUUUAAAGAUGUUUUUCAUAUUUAAUAGAGUUUACAGCAGAUGUACACGUACUAUGUUACUACCAAUAAAAGAUGUGUUAUUUGGUCUCUGAGAUCGAUGUCUUUUGUU